GGCAUAUAAGCCAAUUGGCGAAAACGCGAUCCAUAGAACCCCUCAAAGAUUACUAUACACUUUUCUUAGAUCUCACCAGCAAUCCCCUGAAUCCCAAGAACCUCCCAAAUCUUCAGUCUCAGAUCUCAUCAAUUUUACAUCAAAGCUGUUUAAAUGCAGUUACUUUAGGAAAUUUUCUUGAUUUCUUGAUUUGGGGUGUCUUGUUUUCUUGUGCUCGAUCGGUAACUUACAACAUCAAGAAUUAUUUAAGAUGUGGAGAUUCAAACCUUUUAUGCCCAAGGAACAGACUGGGCUUGAAGGUCGCAGCAUUGAUAUUGGCAAUCUCAAAGUUCAAGUGCGCAAUGCAAUUGCAGAGGGCGGAUUCUCUUGUGUUUAUUUAGCCCGAGAUAUGCUACAUGGUUCAAAGCAGUAUGCAUUAAAGCAUAUGAUUGUUAAUGAUGAAGAAUCACUUGAUCUAGUAUUGAAAGAGAUUUCGGUGAUGAAAUCGCUCAAGGGUCAUCCUAAUGUUGUUACACUUCACGCGCAUACCAUCUUGGAUAUGGGUCGUACAAAGGAAGCUCUCCUUGUCAUGGAAUAUUGUGAACAAUCCUUGGUUAGUGUCCUUGAGAACCGAGGAGCUGGCUUCUUUGAGGAGAAACAGGCCCUCUUAAUAUUCAGGGAUGUGUGCAACGCGGUCUUUGCUAUGCACUGCCAAUCCCCACCCAUAGCUCACAGAGAUUUAAAGGCUGAGAACCUUUUGUUGGGUGCUGAUGGAUUGUGGAAGUUGUGUGAUUUUGGUAGCACUUCAACCAACCACAAACGUUUUGAGAAACCUGAGGAAAUGGGAAUUGAGGAGGACAAUAUAAGGAAACACACGACACCUGCAUACAGAGCUCCUGAGAUGUGGGAUUUGUACCGAAGAGAACUUAUAAAUGAGAAGGUAGACAUAUGGGCCCUUGGCUGUUUACUCUUUCGGAUAUGCUACUUCAAGUCUGCAUUUGAUGGUGAAUCAAAACUUCAAGUUUUAAAUGGCAAUUACCGGAUUCCAGAAUUACCAAAAUACAGCACUUCCAUCAUAGACCUAAUAAGAGAUAUGCUUCAGUCAUCACCAGAUGCCAGACCAGAUAUCACGCAGGUGUGGUUCCGUGUUAAUGGCCUGUUGCCCGAUGAACUUCAAAAGUCGUUACCUGAAAGACCCCCUGAAAUGCAGCAACAGGGUAUUGAUGGGCAUGAAGGAUUUUCAAGAGCUGCAGGUAAGACUAGUCCAAUGCCUAGCAGAAAUCCUCCGCCACCUCCUUCGGCUGCUGAACCUAAUCAUAAUGCAUUGCCUGCACCACAUAAUUCAAAAGCCGGUGGAGCUACUGGUCCAAUUGGUGCAUUCUGGAAUACUCAGCAUGCAACAAAUGCCUCUGUUUCAGAGGAGACAACCAGACCCAAAUUUGACGAAGAGAUAAGGCACAGUUCCUCAGUCCAUGACAAGAGUCAUCCCAAUAAGGUUCCUGUUUCUAAUCGAAAUAGCCCUUUGAAAGAGGAAAGUCUCAGCUCCCACCCAAUGCAAAAUAAUGUGCGACCAAAACUAGCCAAUAGAGCAGGGGAAGCCCCAUCAAGGGAUUUUGAGAUAAACUUUUUCCAGGAUGGUUCAGGUCAGAGUGUUGGGAAUAAUAAAUCGUCAAAGUUAGACGGGCCAACUCCCCCCCAAGGUGAAGGAUUCAAUUCCUUUGUUGCAGAAUUCUGUACCAAUAAACCUAGCCCUGGAAAUAACACAAAACAACCGGAGAAGAAAGAGCUCAUGGAAGCUGAGGUUGAGAAGCUGAAGCAACAGCUGUCACGAGCCAACAUGGAGAAGGCUGAAAUAACAUCUAAAUAUGAAAAGCUAUCUGCAAUAUGCCGAUCACAGCGACAGGAGCUACAAGAGCUUAAGCAAGCUCUUGCUGCCAGAACUCCAUCACCAAAUCGAGACAACACGAGGGACCACGCGUCUCCUGGAAGUCAAAUUCCACCAAAAAAAGAUAACAUUGAAGGAACAGUUUGGGAACUUCAGCAAGGAUUAUUUGGCCAGAGUCAGGUGAGCUCAGAUUCAAAGUCCUGGCAAGCAUUUGCUGAUGAUCCAAAGCAACAAGCCACUCCAGUCAACUCUACUCCUAGAUCUGUCAGGACAAAAAAUGGCUACCAGAACAGAGAGACAUCUGAAACUAAUACAUCAGCAUUUGGAACGGAUAGCUUUAGAGCUGUGCCAGCUUCCAGCUCUCAGAUAAAGGCCAAUUUCAACGAGUCGAAAAAUUCUCAGCGUUUUGGUGAACCAAAGAAUAUAGAUAGCAAAUCAGCUUCCCAACCUGCUGGAUGGGCAGGUUUCUAAAAGAUGUUAUAGCUAAACUUAGUCCGGCAAGGCAGUCAGUCAGUCAAUUUAACAAUUUGAGAUUUCCUUUACAGGAUACUCUUCCUAUUAUAGAAGAAUGAAUUGAGGGGAUGUAAAAGAAACACUGGUCCAGUUGUUUUGCGCUCUUGGUUGUUUGUGUAGAUUUUGAACCUAUUAUCAUAUCCA